ACGAUACCAAAUUAAUAUCAUUUGAUAUACAAUAAAAAUGUAUAUUUUUUCAUAUUAUAUCUAAGUCAGUACUGUAGUCGUUGAUGAUUUUUCUUACAAACUUGAUCAAACUAUGCUCCGUUGGAUCUCAGAGGCGGAAACAGAAAAUAACACAAUUCCAAUUCCAACGACUUUCUCAUGUAUUCGCAUGCCUAACAUACCUAACAUCGUAAAGACAACUGGGCCGAAAGGCAGUCUUGACAAGGAGAUUGGAUUGGUGCUAGACAAGAAUCGUAUUCUACCUGAGCCACCCUCAGAUGACAAGAAUCGUAUUUCCAUGCCCACCACACGUCGAAAGCAGAGCAGCUGACAGGGCCUGCCACUAACUAGUGUUCUCUUGGAAUAAAGGUUGCGUUGCGUUGCCCCAUAUCCUACCUUGGCAUAUUGCCAGUCUCAAGGCAGAAUAUGGCCCCAGGCAUCAUCAGCAUCUCAAUCUCCAUGUGAUAGUUCAGCUACGACGAGCUCACCUCCAUCCGUGGCAUGGGCAACACAGGGCCGCCGAGGAUGACGUCGUGGUGCAGGCACUGCGGCGCGGGCAUCGUGGCGCCGCCGGCCGGGUCGAGCUCCGGCGUCCGGUGCGCGCUCUGCCGCCGCGUGACGCGCGUCGAGCGGCACCGCAGCGUGGGCGCGCCCCCGUCGCCGCCGCGGACGGUGCGCUCUGCCAGUCGCGAGCUGCCGGCCGGCUACCCGGCAACCCGCGGCAAGAAGCGCGCCGUCCUCGUCGGCGUCAGCUACACGGGCACCGACCACGAGCUCAGGGGCACGGUGAAGGACGUCGAGUGCAUGAGGACCCUCCUCCGCGACAAGUUUGGCUUCCCCGGCGACUCCAUCCUCGUCCUCACCGAGGAGAGGAGCGACGAGCCGUACAGGGUGCCGACGAGGGAGAACCUGCUGCUGGCGAUGCGGUGGCUGGUGGAGGGGUGCGGCGCCGGCGACUCGCUGGUGUUCCACUUCUCCGGGCACGGCGUGCAGAAGCUGGACAUGAACGGCGACGAGGUGGACGGGUACAACGAGGCGCUGUGCCCGCUCGACUUCGAGGACAAGGGCAAGAUCCUGGACGACGAGAUCAACGAGACCAUCGUCCGGCCGCUCGGCCCCGGCGUCAAGCUCCACGCCAUCAUCGACACCUGCCACAGCGGCACCAUCCUCGACCUCAGCUACCUCUGCCGCCUCUCCAGGACCGGGUACUGGCAGUGGGAGAACCACGUCCGUCAGCCGGCCAAGCCGAAAUGCACCAGCGGAGGCCUCGCCGUCUCCAUCAGCGGCUGCAACGACGACCAGAAGUCGGCGGAGUCGAGCACCCAGGGGUUCCCCGAUUCCUCUGCCAUUGGCGCCAUGACGGACAGCUUCAUCAAGGCCGUGGAGUCCGAGCCGGGGACGACGUACGGGCGGCUGCUGGGCGCGAUGAGGGCGACGAUCCGGGACGGCCAGGGGGCCGGCCGCCGCCUCCUCCCCGGGCGGAUCGGCUCCUUCGUUCGCAAGAUGAUCACCUCCGGCGGCGUGCAGGAGCCCCAGCUCUGCUCUUCCGAGAUGUUCGACAUCUACCGGAAGCCUUUUCUCCUGUGAAAAGCUUCACCUUACCGAUGAUGCUGUCGUCCUGUCCUGCACUGUACUUGCGACUUGUGAGCAAACGGAACGGGACAUUUCAGUUGUACUGUACUCAGUGGAAUUAAAAUGAAGGUCCAAACCGAA